AUGGCCCGCUUUACCUGGAUCGCGGCUCUGAUCGCGAUCCUUCCCUCGCAGUGCCUUGCUCAGUCAUCCGCGAGCUGCGGUCCCUCCCCGUCAGGUUCCAUUCGACCCUCUCUCGCAUCGGGGUUUCAUAUGCAGGUGGUUGCGACGGGCUUGUCAAAACCUCGUGGAAUUCUCCUCGAUCAAGCAGGAAACUUGUUGGUGGUGGAACAAGGAAGAGGUGUUAUUUCAGCCCAUACAAUCAAUGAAGACAACGGCUGUGUUUCUGUUGGAACAUCUUCUGACGUUACUUCGGCGCUGAACCUUAACCACGGGAUAGAACUGUCAAGCGAUGGCAGGACUCUGUAUGCAUCCUCGUCGCAAGAUGUGUAUUCCUGGAAUUAUGAUAGCUCCUCGAGGACCGUUUCGGACCGUACCAACCUCGUGACCAACAUGUCUGGAAGUGACCACACAACGCGGACUCUGUUGCUGCCGGAGAGCGCACCAGACAUGCUCGUGGUCACCAGAGGAAGUACUUCCAACAUCGACUUUGAUGCUGCAAGCCUGGCAUCGGGCCAUUCUCAGGUCAAGGCCUUCAACUUGCGGAACCGUACCGAUACCGCCUAUGACUUCGCUUCAGACGGAUUGCGACUAGGCUGGGGAUUAAGGAACGACGUCGGAAUCGCAGAACAUCCCUCCAGCGGAGGAAUCUGGUCAGUUGAGAACUCGGCGGACCAGAUGACCCGCAUGGGUGUCGAUAUCCAUGAGGACAAUCCGGCCGAGGAGUUGAACUUCCUAGGCUACCUGAACGGUACCGAGUAUGCUUCUCAAGGUCGGAAUUUCGGCUACCCCUGGUGCUUCUCUGCCUGGAGCGUCGACGACUUGCCCGACAACGGCAACCUGUCUGUGGGCAGUCAAUAUGCCGUAGACGCUAGUUCGGCCUCAAACAACGAGAACAGAACGGACGCAUACUGCGCUGUUCAAGAGCCUGCGCGUCUGGUGUUCCAAGCACACAUGGCCCCUCUGGAUAUCAAGUUCAACAACAGUGGUCAAGAAGCCUGGGUUGCCUUCCACGGCAGCUGGGACCGGACAGACCCUGUGGGCUACAAGGUCUCUGUCGUCGCCUUUGACAGGAAUGGGGACCCUGUGGAUAACCUCCAGAGUACCACCGCAGCUCGAGAUGUCUUUGCCAAUGAGGACAACUCAGGGUGUCCAGACAACUGUUUCCGUCCUGUCGGUCUGGCCUUCGAUCCCCAGGGCCGGAUAUACGUGUCCUCGGAUGCGUCUGGUGAGAUUUAUCUGAUUUCGAAAGCCUCCGGCGCGAGUAUCCCUGGUACGCCUACUUCGUCAGCGUCUGCUUCAUCGUCAGCUAGCAAUGUUGCUAGCAAUGUCAACCCUCAUGUCUUUACGGGAGCCGGAAUACUGUCUUACCUCGUCGCUCUACUCGGACUGAUGUUCUAG